AUGGGCCGAAGCCCCUUCCGUUUUCACCUGACAGCAGAGCGGUCGCAAGCUGCGCGCCGCGCCCGGGCCUCAGCCCUUUUUUUGUGCCAUCCGGGUCUCUCGCGCCAGAGCGCUAGUCUGUGGCGAAGCUUCGGGGCGGCCGGUACUGUUGAGCGCGUCCAGCCGAGGCGCCGCCUUCGCGGCCGGGACUCAGAAACAAUGGCGGCCACUGAUACAGAACGAGAUGGACUAGCCCCAGAAAAGACAUCCCCGGAUAGAGAAAAGAAAAAAGAGCAAUCAGAUGUGUCUAUUUCUCCUAGAACCUCAAAACAUCACUAUUCAAGGUCACGGUCAAGAUCAAGAGAAAGAAAGCGAAAAUCAGAUAAUGAAGGAAGAAAACACAGGAGCCGGAGCAGAAGCAAAGAGCGUGCUAAUGCGCGAAGAGACUGAACUGAAGACGCUGCAGACUCAGAUAG